CAACGUCGAGAGUGUAGGCCCCACCUAACAUGGGUCCCUGCUUCAGUAGUAGUGCGCCUGGAGCUGCCGGUUGGCUCCGGUUUAGAUGCACGGGGGUCCUCAGGGCCUGAGACCGGGUUCCAACCUGGCUUCUCGGGAUGUCGGUGGCCUUCGUACCGGACUGGCUGAAAGGCAAGGCGGAAGUUAAUCAGGAGACGAUCCAGCGGCUCCUGGAGGAGAAUGACCAGCUCAUCCGCUGCAUCGUGGAGUAUCAGAACAAAGGCCGGGCGAAUGAGUGCGUCCAGUACCAGCAUGUGUUACACAGAAAUCUCAUUUAUUUGGCUACCAUCGCAGAUGCCAACCCCACCAGCCCUUCAAAACCAAUGGAAUAAUCUUUCAGCUGGCUCUCAUAAGGAGUAAUUGAGGGUAACCCAUUUCCUAUGAAGUAGAGAUAGGAUCUUUACCAACUCAACUGCUUGAAACAUGAAUGAAACCUCUGUGACUCUUUUAAAAAUGUGAAAAGGUGAAGAAAGCUACUAAGUUAACUGUAUUCGCAGCGUAAAUACUUAUUUUAAUAAUUAAGCAGAUUAAGUUGACUCCAGAUGUCCUCUUUCCUGUUUGGAUGUUUCGAUAACAAAGAUAUCAUGGGCAUCUUCAAUUCAACCUUUUCAGUUUCAACCUGAAGAGGAAACUGAAUAGAUGUUGGGCAAUCAACAGGAAUUGGCAAGACUCCUAACUGAGGCCCUGCCGAAUGGAUGUGUAACUGUGUGCUCCCUCCUAGCAGUUUGUAGUUGUGGACCUGACGAUUUUUUUCAGGUUGCUUUGAAAUAAAGCUCGCCUUUCCAUGAAAGAC